AAGUUUUGGGGUUUUGCCUGUUUGCCACCCACACAUGUGAUGUUUUCUGUACUUCAAGCGGCAAGGUACAAUUUGCGAAUUGGAAAAAAACCCAGUAAUGUCAUAUUAAGUUAUCAAGAGAGCAACUUGUAUUUUGUGGUUGUGAAGUUCUUUACGACGUGAUAAUCAUAGAGGCACAUAUGUUAACUGUGUCUUUCCAAAAAUUUAUUCAAAAAAACUUUGAUGGUAGUUUCAGGCCUCAAUACAAGCUAUUAUGCUAUGAAAAGGUAGUUUCUUGUGAGGACGAUGUAUACUGUUGUGAAUAUGUAGUUUUUAUAUAUAUCGACAGCCAUAAAAAUACCUGUUGUGCUGUAGCACAAGAAGUAACGGCUGAGCUUGCAACCAAUCUGAGCAAUAAAGUUCCAUGUUUUGCGGCGAAAUCAACAUUGUUUAGGAAUAUAUUACCAUGAUAUCAUGUCGUUAAUUUAUGAUAUGAUCUCAUGGAUUAAGGGAAACUUUCUUUAUGUUAGAGGAGACAAACGGACUUUGGAGAGGUAAAACCCGACUGCCGUAAAUCAACCCAAACACUGUUCCUAGAGCUUAGAUUGCGAACGAAGAAAAAUCCUAGAUAACAUCACGGCGAAUUUAACUGAGGAACAAAAUUAUACGACAACAAGCCCAGAGUUUUUCCGCUCGUCAGUUCUCGGAGCGGCUCAGAAGAUAUCCCUUUCAGCCAUAUGUCUUCCUCCGUCCAUUGCUGCAAUCGUAGGAAAUUUUCUGAUCAUCGUUACUCCCCGAAAGGUGUCGGAACCUACCAAGAGCAUGUCAGAGUUUUCGUGGGUUAACCUUAAGCACGUUUGGAAUACCACGUGUUAUAAAUUAUAUGUUGCGAUGAAUUUAUUUACUGAAGACGCUCUUGACGAUCCAUCAAAUACUAAGUUCUUUAUUUUAGAAUUUGAUAGAUAUAAAAAAGGAAAUAAACUAGAAAUUAUAUCAGAACAAAUGUUUAAAGCUAUUUAGCACCUUUCACUUGCUGCACUUCCAAAUAAAGUGUAAUUUGUGUUGAUGGCACCAUAGCCGCCUGGCUGCAAAACAAGAAGUUUCCCAUUUAUGCCUUGAAAAUGGGCAUUUUUGUUAUUUUUGAUUUUAUUUUCAUUAACUUGGAAACCAAUCAAACUCUCUACCGAAAACAAAGGAGAGGAAACAGUUUUAAGGACACAGCACCCAGCUAUUAUUUGACCAUUUUAUUUGGUGUAGGAUCAUAAAUUAAUUGGGGUGGAAGUUCUUCUAGCUUCAGUUCCUUUCUUUAUAUAUAUCAAGACACGUACAGAUAAGAAAAUAACUGAGAGUUUUGCACCUGUCAUAAUGCGUGCAGCAUUUACAUCGGUUAACUCUUUCUGACGUGUGGCACUCACUGACAGUACUGAAGACUUUAAGCAAACCACGAAGGCGACGGCAGAGAGAACGCGACGAAACUAAAGAUUUAUUAAAUGAGAAAAAAGACAAACACAGGAUUUACUGGCGCUUUUUCGUUUGAUAACUCGACUAAAGAUCGACAGUUUUCUCCCUUUUAAUAUCUGUUGGUCGCCAGUUGGCGACUUAGGUCGAAAUACCAUGGUGACCAAAAUGGUCGCAGCUUGGAAUGCUAAAAAGGUGUUUUUCACCAUUAACCUCUAUCAACCACAAACAUUGGAAGUUGGAAAAAUUGACGAUUCUUUCCAUGCUUGUGCAAGCACGCCCUUCUCUGCUUCAUCCCUUGACUUAGAUGGCUCCUAAAACAUAUCAUUAUAUUCACACCUAUGAUGUCAAUGUUUCUCUUUUAUUUUGCAACUGACACAGUUGAAGGAAUUCAAGGCCGAAACUCUUACGCGAGUCAGUUUUCAAUAAGCUGAGAAGAGACGAAUCGACUUAGAAGUGGUAAGAAACCGACUGCUGUAAAUCAACCCAAAUAGUAUUACUAAAGCUUGGAUUUCAAAUAGAGAGAGAGCCUAAAUGAAAUUAUGGCGAAUUUAACUGAGGAUAUAAAUUAUACAAAAACAAGCCCAGAGUUUUUCUGCAGUAUUGGUCCCGGAGCAGCUCAGAAGAUAUUCAUGUCAGCCACAAAUCUUCCAGCAUCCGUAGUUGCAUUUGUAGGAAAUUUUCUGAUCAUCGUUACUCUUCGUAAGGUGUCGUGCCUUCAUACGCCCUCGAAACUUUUGCUCGGUUGUCUUGCGUGCACAGAUCUGGGCGUGGGCCUCAUUUCACAACCUCUUUACAUUGUUUACUUCCUGUCUUCAGAGCACUCAAAGGAUUGUUACUACUCUUACUUACUUCUUAGUACUUUUGGAUCAAUAUUCUGCGGGGUAUCGCUGUUGACAAUGACUGCAGUAAGUGUNGACAGACUUCUCGCUCUUUUGCUGGGGCUGAGAUACAGACAGGUAGUAACUGCGAGGCGAGUGCGACUCCUCGUUAUUACGUUUUGGGUCUUCGGCAUUCUCAAUGCAGCAGUAGUAUUUUAUAGUCAUCCUCUUGCUCGUGGCAUCGCUGUUGCAGUGAUGUUGUUAUGCAUAACUAUCUCCUCUUUCUGCUACACCAAAAUUUAUCGCACCCUUCGUCUUUCUCAAGCCCAAGUGCAAGAUCAAGCUCACCAAGGACAACAAAAUGGAGAAGGAAUUCAACUGAACAAAGCGAGAUACAAAAAGACAGUGUCAACAGCUCUGUGGGUACAAAUGGCAUUAUUGGUUUGUUAUCUCCCUUAUGGUUUAGUUGCUGGUUUUAUUUCUAUCAGUGGAUUGAUUACACCUUUCCUUAACUUCACUAGGGCUUUUGCGAUAUCUCUGUUGUUAUUUAAUUCGACUCUAAACCCAUUCCUGUAUUGUUGGAAGAUGAGGGAAAUAAGACAGGCCAUGAAACACACGGUCAGACAGUUUUGUCGUUUCCCUACUCAGGAAACCUAGACUAAGUAAGAUAAGGCCCCUGUUUAGUCUUGUAUUUGAAGGAAAUGAUAAUCGGUGAGACAAAGUUAUUCCGUUGCAAAAUAAAAUGUUUGUGUAAUUGUGUAAACUCAAAUUAUGACAUUUAGAAAUCUGUUUUUAGCGUAUCAGACGGACCUUAAGAAAGAGUGCGGGACCGAGGAAGGAACAGGAAAACAAAAACAUGAAUGUGAAAAAGUGAUACGCAACAAAUAAGGAGGAACAGAGAAUCUGCGAAACGCACUGAAAUGAGCUUUCGGAAUAAUGAAUGAAGGAAACCAAAGCUGUAUUCGUUUGGGAAAGACGAGCACCCUUUAUUUCAUACAGUAGGUAGUGGUACCCUAAAGAACAUGCUUAUGAUGAACCUGCCAAGAGCAUGUCAAAUUUUUUGUGUGUUAACCUUAAGCAUGUUUGGAAUACCGCGUGUAAUAAAUUAUAUCUC